UUAACACAGUACACACACUAUUUGUUCCAAUUUCCAAAUGCUAAAUCAAGUCGGCAAAUCCCGUUUUUCAUCUCCGGCAAAGAUGAAGCUUGUCCGAGGUGUCUUAAAUGCUUACCUAUCUCGUUCUUCUUCUUCUUCUCCUCAAGUUUUCAGAACCUUUUCUGCACUUCCAAAUUUUGACCCUGAUGAUAAGCAAAGCACCAACUCAUUUGAGUCUGCUGAAGACUUUCAAAGACGAAUUUUUGGUGAUAAUACGGGAAACAGGCCAAGUCCAAACUCCUUUUUCAGAAAGCUCGAUAGGGCUGAAAAGUCUUAUGAUAGAUCUGGUCCGGGCUCCACGUUCAGUUCUGGAAAUAGAUCUAGUAUCCUUGAUGGUCUGGAUGAGAGUUUUGAUACAUUAUCAGAUGGGAUGGAUGGUAAGCUGAAGGAAGCUGCCAGAUAUUUUGAGUUUGAUCCUGAUGAAGUAGAUAAAGAUGACUAUGCUUACAGAGCCGAUAUGACCUUUUGGCCCGGGAGCACUUAUGAACUCAAGGAUCUUGAUCUUAAAAAACCAGGAGUUCGCAAGCCCAAAAAAUGGGAUGAAUUUGAGACUACGACAGAGGAAGUUUUGCGCAAAGCUGAUUUCAGGAAUGUGAGGUUCCUAGCUAACUUCAUCACGGAGGCUGGAAUCCUCAUCAAGAGGAGCAAGACUGGAAUUAGUGCCAAGGCUCAAAGAAAGAUUGCCCGGGAGAUAAAAACUGCCAGAGCUUUUGGUCUGAUGCCUUUCACAACUAUGGGAACAAAGCAGUUUGUAUUUGGCAGAACAAUGGAGGACCUUGACGCAGAUUAUGAAUAUGAGAUGUACGACCCCACUUUUGUCGAUACAGAAGCUGGUCGGGAACCUCUUUAAGCCUGAAAAGAUACUACUAGUUACUAUUAGUUUAAUUAACUACGGUUUUGUCCUUGAGAACGUGUAUUUCAGUUAUGGCUGUGAAAAGAUUCUCUCUAUUAGCUGAGAUUUUUUUUUCCUUCAAGUUACGUACUGCUUCAAAGGACUGCCCUACAUAAUACACGUUGGUUUCAUUGUAUGUCAAUGAUUUAGCUGUUGGAGCUCU